CGGGCGCACGGACGCACCGGCGAGCCGACGCUGGAGGCACGGGGCGCAGGCGUCCGGCCGGCGGACAAGGAGCCGGAGCAAGCGCCGCGGGCAGCGAGUGGGCGCCAGCGGCCGCCAGACUGCCUAGCGGCGCCCUCCUCCCGCCGGUGCCAGAGCGGGGCCAUGGGGGGCAGCAUGCCCGCGCGCGCCGCCUGAGGACGUCGUAGCCCCCGCCCCCACUAUGGGCGCCCUGGCUCGCGCCCUCGCGUUCUGCGUGGCCGUGGCGGUCGUGACCGGCGCCGCCUCGGGGCCCCCCGGCAUGGAGCAGCGCGUCGUGCGGAGAGCGGCAGAGGCCCCGGGACCUGAGCCCGGCCCGCAGGAGCAGCUGGUCUUUGGCAGCGGGGACACCGUGGAGCUGAGCUGCCACUUGCCUGCAGGUGGCCCCACAGGGCCCAGCGUUUGGGUCAAGGACGGUGUGGGGCUGGCGCCCUCAGACCGCAUCCUGGUGGGGCCUCAGCGGCUGCAGGUGCUGAAUGCCUCCCACGAGGACGCGGGGGCCUACAGCUGCCGGCAGCGGCUUACCCAGCGCGUGCUAUGCGACUUCAGCGUGCGCGUGACAGAUGCCCCGUCCUCCGGGGAUGACGAAGACGGAGAGGAUGAGGCUGAGGACACAGCCGGGGCCCCUUACUGGACGCGGCCCGAGCGGAUGGACAAGAAGCUGCUGGCUGUGCCGGCCGCCAACACUGUCCGCUUCCGCUGCCCGGCCGCUGGCAACCCCACUCCGUCCAUCUCCUGGCUGAAGAACGGCAAGGAGUUCCGGGGGGAGCACCGCAUCGGGGGCAUCAAGCUGCGACACCAGCAGUGGAGCCUGGUCAUGGAGAGCGUGGUCCCGUCGGACCGCGGCAACUACACGUGCGUUGUCGAGAACAAGUUCGGCAGCAUCCGACAGACCUACACCCUGGACGUCCUGGAGCGCUCUCCGCACCGGCCCAUCCUGCAGGCGGGGCUGCCGGCCAACCAGACGGCGGUGCUGGGCAGCGACGUCGAGUUCCACUGCAAGGUAUACAGCGACGCCCAGCCCCACAUCCAGUGGCUGAAGCACGUGGAAGUGAACGGCAGCAAAGUGGGGCCCGACGGCACCCCCUACGUCACCGUGCUCAAGUCCUGGAUCAGUGAGAGUGUGGAGGCCGACGCGCGCCUCCGCCUGGCCAAUGUGUCCGAGCGUGACGGGGGCGAGUACCUCUGUCGAGCCUCCAAUUUCAUAGGCGUGGCUGAGAAGGCCUUUUGGCUGCGUGUCCACGGGCCCCAAGCAGCCGAGGAGGAGCUGCUGGAGGCCGGCGCGGCUGGCAGCGUGUAUGCGGGCGUCCUCAGCUACGGGGCGGGCUUCCUCCUCUUCAUCCUGGUGGUGGCUGCCGUGACACUGUGCCGUCUGCACAGUCCCCCGAAGAAGGGCCUGGGCUCGCCCACCGUGCACAAGGUCUCCCGCUUUCCACUCAAGCGACAGGUGUCCUUGGAGUCCAACUCGUCCAUGAACUCCAACACGCCGCUGGUGCGAAUCGCCCGGCUGUCUUCCGGGGAGGGUCCUGCGCUGGCCAACGUCUCCGAGCUCGAGCUGCCCGCUGACCCCAAGUGGGAGCUGUCCAGGGCCCGGCUGACCCUGGGCAAGCCUCUCGGGGAGGGCUGCUUUGGCCAAGUGGUCAUGGCAGAGGCCAUCGGCAUUGACAAGGACCGGGCCGCCAAGCCUGUCACUGUGGCCGUGAAGAUGCUGAAAGACGAUGCCACGGACAAGGACCUGUCGGAUCUGGUGUCGGAGAUGGAGAUGAUGAAAAUGAUCGGCAGACACAAGAACAUCAUCAACCUGCUGGGGGCCUGCACGCAGGGCGGGCCCCUGUACGUGCUGGUGGAGUACGCCGCCAAGGGGAACCUGCGCGAGUACCUGCGGGCGCGGAGGCCGCCAGGCAUGGACUACUCCUUCGACACGUGCAAGCUGCCCGAGGAGCAACUCACCUGCAAGGACCUGGUGUCUUGUGCCUACCAGGUGGCGCGGGGCAUGGAGUACCUGGCCUCGCAGAAGUGCAUCCACAGGGACCUGGCGGCCCGCAACGUGCUGGUGACCGAGGACAACGUGAUGAAGAUUGCGGACUUUGGUCUGGCCCGCGACGUGCACAACCUUGACUACUACAAAAAGACCACCAAUGGCCGGCUGCCCGUGAAGUGGAUGGCACCCGAGGCCUUGUUUGACCGAGUCUACACCCACCAGAGUGACGUCUGGUCCUUCGGGGUCCUGCUCUGGGAGAUCUUCACUCUGGGGGGCUCGCCGUACCCCGGCAUCCCCGUGGAGGAGCUCUUCAAGCUGCUGAAAGAGGGCCACCGCAUGGACAAGCCGGCCAACUGCACACACGACCUGUACACGAUCAUGCGGGAGUGCUGGCACGCGGUGCCCUCGCAGAGGCCCACCUUCAAGCAGCUGGUGGAGGACCUGGACCGCAUCCUCACCGUCACCUCCACCGAUGAAUACCUAGACCUAUCGGUGCCCUUCGAGCAGUAUUCGCCGGGCGGUCAGGACACCCCCAGCUCCAGCUCCUCCGGGGACGACUCUGUGUUUGCCCACGACCUGCUGCCUCCGGCCCCUCCCGGCGGCGGCGGCGGCGGCGGCGGCGGGGGCCCUCGGACGUGA